UAGGAAUUUCCCAGGCAGUGACAUUAACCCUGAGACCUGAAUCACUUCUAUGCUUGCCAUGGGAGCUGGAAGGUCUCGUGAGGUGGAAGCAGUGGGCACUGGUGAAAAGCCAUCAGAGGUUAUACGAAAAGCAUGAGGAAAACUAACACUGGUGCUCCAAGAGGACCCAGGGGCUGUACUGAGCGCUGUGGACACUCACCUCCUCCUUUCACAAGGAGAGUACUUCAGCCUGAGCCAGAUAGACGAUCCACAGAAGCUCAUAGCGACUCUGAUUGACACGAUACUUGAAAAGGGAGAACUUGCUCAUGAGAAGUUCCUAAAUUGUUUGGCAAAUCUGCAAUACACAUUUUUAGGCUUAGAGCCAAUUUCCAAGUAUUUAGGAGAUGAUUCCAACAGUGGACCUGUGCAUCCAGAAGGUGCUGGAUUCUUAGACAAAAAGAAAGAACCAGAUGAUCCAGAAAUCAUGGCAUCCUCGGUGAGAAAGGGUCUUCCUGGGAGUCCAUCAGCUGGCACCCCCUCAAAGGAGAGGAGAGACAAGAGCUCAGAAGAUGCCACCACAUCCUUGGAAGAAAAGAAGGGAGCUGAGGGCCUAGAGGAUACUGCCUCACCCUCAGAGAAAGGCAAGAGAGCCAAAACACUAGAAGAUGAAGCCAUGCCCUCAGAGAAAAAGAGAAGCAUGAGCCCAGAAGGAGCCACCACACCUUCAAAGGAGAGGAUGGGAGCUGAAGUCUCAAGAAAUGUCAUUGCAUCUUUGGAGAAACGUCCAGGUGCCAAGACCACAGCAGUUGUUGCCACAGCCUCAGAGGAAGGGAAGGGACAGGAGAACCUAGAAGAAGUCACCACAACCUCAGAUAAUGGAAACAGAGCACCCGAGCAAUUCCUUCUGCAAACUCAAGAAGAGCUGACUGCACUCUGGAGCUUGGGAAACACACUGGAGUUGACACCAGUGGGUGACGAACUGCCAGAAAGCACUCCUGUAAAGAAACAAGAGGAAGCCACUCCAUUAAGAACAUCAGCCAUAGGGACCUUGGUAAAAACAUCUGCUGAUGAAAAAACUUUGGGAAAACCCUCAGACAUAAUACGCAAGGAAAGAAAAAGAUUAAUUGAAAUUCUUCUAAGAGACCUAGAACUCAGUUUGGAUGAAUUUAUAUCCCAGUCCGUUAUCACAGAGGAGGAGUAUGAGACUUUGGAUAAAGCAGAGGAAGAUCUCAAGAAGAAGAGUCGAAAGUUGCUGAUUCUGGUACAGAAGAAAGGGGAAUCUACUUGCCAGAAGUUUCUGGAGUGUUUAAAAAUUGUAUCUCCAGGCUUAGACGAGGAAUUGCAAUAUUUAAGCUAUGUGGAAGAAGCUGACACCCCACGAGUGCCAGAAAGGGCAGAAGGUGACCUACUCAAAGAUACUUUAAUUCAGGAACAAGAAGAUGAAAUUCGGCAAGCCACAGAACUGGAACCAAAAGGGAGAAGAAAAGCAGGCGGGGAAGUUAUCUCCAAGUUAAAAUUAAGGAAAUAUAAAAAUGGGAAGCUUCGACUGAGUGACAUCCUGGAUAUCAGCCCAGGAAGUAUACAGGACCAGAAUCCUCAGACACUAGGAGAUUUACCGUGGCAUUUUCUGAGGAAGGUAAUGGCUUUGAAUGUCACAGCCAGAAGCAUGAGCCUUGUGCAUGGGGCUCUUGGUGAGCAAGGAGAUAAGGACCAUGAGGAACAGGGUAUUGAAGAAACAAUCUUCUUAUUCAGCAACAAUGGCAGGGAGGAUGGUGUGAACCCCCUGGAUGUGGUCUGUGCAGUCCUCCAUUGCUCAGACAGUUUCCUGCAGCAGGAGAUCCUGUCCAAAAUGGCCAUGUGCCAGUUCGCCCUCCCUCUUCUCCUCCCUGCCCUCGAUACCCCCAAGUGCACCCUCCUGCUGUGGGCCAUGAGGGACAUUGUGAAGAAGUGGAGGCCGCGCUCCAUGGCAGAGAGCAGGGGCUUCAGAGAGGAGAGCCUGGUGCUCACCCAAAUGCCAACCAUCUCCUUUGUAAGACUGCAGCACUGCAACCUCUCCAAGUCCAAACUCCUCAAUGAGAUCCUCAGCCCUGCCCAGCAGCACCACGAUUUCUUUGUCCACAGAGACAUGGCAUCUGGGAAUGUCCCUCGGGCAAUCACAAAUGGGCUGGUUGAGAUUUCCUGGUAUUUCCCCGGGGGGAGGGAGACCCUGGAUGUUUUCCCAGAGCCCAUUGCAGUUACUAACCUGCGUGGAGAUGUUGCAUCGCACUGGCCACACUUUAGCUUCUUAACAGAGGUCUCCUCAGCAGUGUUCAUAUUUGCUGAAAGCAUUACUGAGAGAGAAUAUGGGCUGCUGUCGUCCCUGAGAGAAUCCACGGCCAAGUACUACUUCAUUCUCAACCACCAGGCCAGGCGUGCCCAGGAAACCCUGGGGUUCCUUAAGAAGUUAUCCCCAGUGCUGAAACUAAAAUCUUCACAUGUGCUGAUGAAAGAUGAGACCACAAAUAUAGCGACAUUUGUGAAAAAGCUCCAUACCACUAUAUUAGGCAUACUGAAAUCUGCUCCCAAGAGGCUGGCUAUCCAAGACAUGGCUGUGACAGCACGUGAACUAGGAAUCCACGUAGAUGAGGACCGUAAGGAAUGUCUGGACACAAGCAAGCGCGCUGAUGAAAUCACCCGAGAAAUAAGGGAUGUUGCCAGGUACAAACAAGAAAUGCUGAGACUCCAAGGAGAUUUGUGGAGGAACUUAGCUAAGGUGGAAAAGGAAUUGUGCCGAAUGGCCAGACAAGGGGACACCCCUUCUGAGAAAUAUAGAUCUCAGCUGAAGGAAAAGAUGUUGGAGAUACGUAAACAGCAGAACACAUGUGAUCUUACUGAUGGUCUGACUAAAUUCAUUAGUGGAAUAGGACAUCUCCCCCAAGUGGAAAAGCAGUAUUUCCUGAAAUGGAUGAAGUUCCAGCUGGAUUCAGUCGCAAGGGAGAACCUUUCUAAACUGAGGAACACAUACAAAGAGAAAUGUAAAACUUUAGAUGACCCCCAAAAGUUGGCUCAAUUAGAUAAAUUAAUAUCAUCAGCUUCCCUAGGAGUGGAGCAUUUCAUGCGUGAAUUGGGGCAGUUCUAUGAAGCUGAAUGUUCAAUGGUAAAGGAAAGGAAAAUUCAGAAACAUCAGAGGCAGUUCACCCAGCUCCCAGGCAUUGCAGCUGACCUGAUGCUGGAAGGGUUUCCCCUGGAGCUGCUCGAUGGAGAUGCCUCCAACAUCCCGCUGCAGUGGGUGACAGAUGUGCUGACUCAGCUCCACACCCGGCUGCGGGGAAGGUCCCGGAUGGUGGUGCUAACAGUGCUGGGAGUGCAGAGCACGGGGAAAUCCACCCUGCUCAACACCAUGUUCGGCCUGCAGUUUGCCGUGAGCAGUGGCCGAUGCACACGAGGGGCCUUCAUGUUGCUUAUUAAAAUCAGGGAGAAUUUAAAAGAGGAGCUGGGCUGUGAUUUCAUCCUGGUGAUAGACACUGAAGGCUUGAAAGCCCCUGAACUGGCCACGCUGGAGGAUAGCUACCAACACGACAAUGAGCUGGCCACGCUGGUGAUUGGGCUGAGUGACAUCACCAUCGUGAACAUGGCCAUGGAGAAUGCCACGGAGAUGAAGGACGUCCUGCAAAUCGCGGUGCAUGCAUUUCUCAGGAUGGGGGAAAUAGGGGUGAAACCCAACUGCCAGUUUGUGCAUCAGAACGUCAGCGACGUGUCUGCGCACGAACAAAACCUGAGGGACAGGAAACGCCUCCUGGAGCAGCUGAACGAAAUGAUCAAAGCCGCAGCAAAGAUGGAAAAAUUAAACAAGGAAAUAACGUUCUCUGACAUAAUGGACUACGAUGCAGAGAAGCACAACUGGUACGUCCCUGGGCUGUGGCACGGUGUCCCCCCCAUGGCUCCAGUAAACACGGGAUACAGUGAAAAGGUGUUUGAGUUCAAGAAAUACCUUUUUGAAUUCAUAAGGAACCGUUCACGUACAAGAAAGGCCAAGGAUGUCCCCCAGUUUAUCAAAUGGGUGGAAAGCCUGUGGAGUGCUGUGAAACAUGAGAACUUCAUCUUCAGCUUCAGAAACAGCCUCGUGGCUGAAGCCUACAAUCAGCUGUGCAUGCAGUAUGCCGAGUGGGAGUGGGAUUUCCGCAAGGAGGUGCACCUCUGGGUAACUGAGAAGGAAACAGCAAUUCAAAACCUUUCUCCUACCGAACUAGAAGCUGAUGACUUCCAGCAUGCAAUGCAACAGAAGCUUCUUUGCGGAGAAGAGAAAAUUCUGGAGUCGUUAAGACAGUAUUUUGAAAGUGGAGCCGCAAACCUGCCUCUGAUAGAAAAGUAUAGAGAAGAUUUCAUCAGAAGCGCUAAGGGCCUGAAGAAUGAACUAGAGAGUUAUUCAUUUAGCAAAUGUAAGGAAGCCGUUCAUAUUAAAAAAGGCCAGCACAAAAUCGAAUUCAUCCGGGGUGAGUACCUGAAAGUAAUUGAAGAGAAAGUGGACAAGCUUUUGGACGACUGCAGAAGAAAACAAAGGAAACUGCAAGAUAAAGAAUUGGAAGAAGAAUUUGAGAAAAUGUGGAAAGAAACACUGCUUGAAUUAUCUCCCAUUCAUCUAAAGAAACGGCAAAUCCAUGAAGAGAUGGACCUCCAGCUGAGAACAGACCUUGGUAAGAGAGGGAGUUCAGUCAAUCAGAAAAUACAGGGAGCUAGAAGCUUGUUGCAUUAUAACAUUCAAUCUUUCCAAAUGCAAAAUGAAUAUUUAGACUCCUCUUGGCUUCAUCGUGUAAAAGAUUGUAUAAAGAAUGAACGGUCACGGAAAACAAGAGAAGUUGCAGGCUCCUUGCUGAGCCGAUGUAGUAACUACAUUCAGGGAAGGGUCGCUUCCAAAGCAGACUAUGAUAAAACCUACUGCGGAGAGUUGUUGCAUAUGAUCAAUGAGAGGCUUCAACAACAGGAUGUUCAGAGACUUCAUACCUCUGCCUCCUUUGAAGUAGACCUGAAGCUUCAUGUUUUGGGGGCAGCAUCUCAAGAAUUUCAGAAGAUGCAUGAAGAUUUUAUCAAGGAAAAUGACCCUCAGCAACGUCUGGAGAAGCUGAAACCUCAAUAUUUCUCUAUAUUUAGAGACCAUUACUUGGAAAAAGAUGCCCGAGAACAUAGGGCCAGGGAUUUCUGCAAUCAGUGCCUUAAACCUGCCUUCAUGGAUUAUGUUAACAAAAGACUUGGUCUGGAAAUAGUAGAUGAUUUUCUUAGCAGUGGACAGUCUAGGGAAUAUGCCAGCCGGAGCUUUUUCCAGUUCACAGUGCUGGAAAAGCUGUUAGAAGAUGGCAACUUCAAUAGGUAUGCAGAGUACAUUAGUAAUUAUGAAAAGUUUGUCAAAGAUUGGAUACGGAGACACAUUUUAGAUCACUAUGGAAGGAAUGAAGAUUUAGAAGACCUGGAGAAAGAUAUUUUAUCUUCCAUUAUAAAGAAAGUCAGGGAUGCUUUGGAGAUACUCAAAUACGUAAGGAUGAAUACCAUCUCCAGCUUUUUGGAAAACUUCUGCAAAGUGCUGAAGAAGGAUCUGGUCAUUUCCAAAGACAGUUUAGUGGGGAUUCAAUUUAAGAACACAGCAGAUCCGCAUCAGUUUGCUGCUUGUAUUCAAUCCUUUCUUCCUGAUCUGCAACAACAAGUACUAUCUGAGUUGAAAGGUUUGGAUGUUAGCUCAAAGCUCUGCAAGCUCCCCCUGAAGCCCCAGGAGGAAAUCUUUAAGCGAGUCUUUGGCUGUGGGAAUCAGUGUCCGUUCUGCAAGGUCCCCUGUGAAGCAGGAGGAGCGGCUCAUAAGCAGCAUUUUGCAUCAGUACACCGUCCUCAGGGGCUUGGGGGCUACUGUUGUACUGAAACAGAAAAACUCAUCUAUUCCCUAUGUUCCUCUGAUGUGGUUUCUAACACAAAGUUUAAAAAUUCAGACACAGAUUGGAAAUAUCAUCCAUACAAAGAUUAUCAUCAGUAUUAUCCCCACUGGCGCAUCCAGCCAGAUCCCAGCAUCAAUGCUUCUGAUUACUGGAAGUUUGUUUUUAAGGAGUUCAAUGAAGAGUUUGCUAAGAGAGGUGGUGCUAAACCAGCUGAUCUCCCAACAGACUGGCAAAGAAUAACAAAAGAGCAGGCCUUGGGGAGCUUAAGAGAGAUAUUUAAUAUAAAGUAAAAACAGUCUGCUAAAGUGCAAUGUAUGCAUGACUGAGCAGAAAAAUGAGAAUUCUUUUGAAAAGGCACAUUUUUUCCCCCAUUGCUGUCAAGUCCCAGUAGGAUCCCUAAAUACAGGGCAGGACCUGUCUCCUCUAUCUUCUCUUUGUUCAGCCAUAAGGUUAAAGACCAUAGGAAAGGCUUUCCGGGAGAUGCUGAGCUGGCCUGUCCUCCACUCCCCAAAACACUGACCAUCACUGCAAUUUCACUAUGUCUGCUAUGCUUGGUACUUCACAGACCUGCCACCGUUCCUCCUUCAGUCUUCUCUGUACAACAGUGAUUCUCAGCCAGGAUGCUGCAGCACCGUGGGGUGCCGCAAGACUCUUUUAUCAGUGCAGUGCAAUAUAAGCGGUGUUAGGUGUGCAAACACCUGCAUGAUUUGCUACAGAAACCCAGGGAUUUCAAACAGAAAGCUAUAGUGUCAAAACCGUUCCUACCUGUUGUGGUCUUUCUGAGUUCUUUCCAACAGAAUUGCUCUAUUACUUUCCUUAGUCAAUAAGUGAAUGAAAGCUCAGAAUUGUUAUUUUCCAAGGGGUGCCUUGAGUGUAACGAGGCAAGCCUUGAGUCUCAAAAGGUUGGGAGUCACUGCCAUGUACACUAUUCUUACUGACUAUGCCAAAAUUUCAUUUGAAUAUUAUAGAUCCAAAGGCAUUUUCUUUACUUUGUUUCCUUUUAGUACAUGCUUAGAUCUCAUAGCUAUUCAAAAUACAAAAGCAAGCAACAUCCCCCCGCACCCCCCAAGAAUAGUAGUCUCAUAUGCUGUCUUGUCUUUCACAAUAGAUGUUUAAAGUUUAAAGAUGUCUACAGAAAGGGGUGCGUUUAACAUGUCGCUGUAUGGCAUGGUAUGGCAACAUAGUGAUCACAUGGGUCUACAUGUUAUCAGCAGCUAUGUCACUGUAGAGGCAUGCUCUCCCAAUAUAGCGUGCCGCUAUGGUGACAUGGUGGUGAAAGCUACUCAUGGGCUGCGCGCACGGCGCAGUAGGGGCUAUUACUGCACCACCCUUUAGUACUUCCACAAGGAAGCACUAAAGCAUGGCACCAUAGCAACAUCACUGUAUGGCAGCAUGUAGACAUGCCCAGAAAGUCGCAGGCAUUAAUGAUCUGUACGCUUAAUUUCCUCCCAUAUCAAACUGUUAGUAGUAAAAAAAGAUGGUAGUGACCCAAGUAUCACUUGGUGGAAAAUAUUAAUGAAGAUCAAGUUAGUUCUUUUUUUGAUUGUUAUUCAUUUGCUUGCAUGGUUGGGGAAAGCAAAAAAAUUAAAAUGAUUUGAAAGAUGGA